AUGGAGCGCAUUUUGCGUGGAAUAAUGCGUUAUCGCAAUACAACGCGUGAGCAAAUGGUGAAAGAAUUUCAGAAAGUUCGUGAUAACCCUGAGCCCAAGGCCGUCUUUUUCACUUGCAUGGACAGUAGAAUGAUACCGACCAGAUAUACUGAUACACAUGUAGGCGAUAUGUUUGUAGUGCGUAAUGCUGGAAAUCUAAUACCACAUUCUCAACAUUUUCAAGAUGAACAUUACAGCUGUGAACCGGCCGCAUUGGAAUUGGGUUGUGUGGUGAACGAUAUAAGACAUAUUAUCGUAUGUGGCCAUAGCGACUGUAAGGCAAUGAACCUGCUUUAUCAAUUGAGAGAUCCAGAUUUUGCAUCAAAACGCAAUCGACGGCUGUCUCCAUUGCGUGCAUGGCUUUGCACACAUGCCAACACAAGCCUUGAUAGAUUUCUCAAUUGGCAGAAUAAUGGUAUGAAGGACCCAUUAGUGUUCAGUUCGGAGUCACCACACAGACGGUUUGUUGCGUACAUUGAUCCUGAGAAUAGUUUCGCCAUUGAAGACAAACUUUCACAAAUUAACACACUGGAACAAAUGUCAAAUAUUGCCUCAUAUGGUUUUCUGAAGGCACGUCUCGAAUCGCAUGAUUUGCAUAUACACGCGUUAUGGUUCGAUAUCUACACGGGAGACAUAUACUAUUUUAGUCGCGGUGCCAAGCGUUUUGUAGCUGUAGAUGAGAACUCUGUAGAGAAAUUAUCAGAAGAAAUUAGGCGUUUCUACUCGUAAUACUACAACAACUGAAGAGAUAUGCAAAUCAUUUUAACUGUGAUAACAAAAUAUAUGCAUUUAUUUCAAAGAAUAUUAUACUUUAGUUAA